GCGGGCCGCCACCUUAAGGCAGCCCCUCCCCCGGCAGGCCCGGCCCGGCGCGAGUUGCCAUGACAAGCAUUUUCUCCCGCUAGCUCCGCAGCCACCACCGCCCUCCUUAUGGCCGACCGCGGGGGCUCCACCGACAGACGGGACGGGGUGCCACGCCGCUCCAGUUGCUGUGGUAUCCAGGGAGCCCUCCUCCUCCAGCAGAAGAUGCACACCGGCCGUUGCUAAGGUUGCCUCCGCGGUAACAUGCGCAUCCUGUUUACACCUUCAUCUGGAGGACUUGGGCUCGGCUAGAGGUACUGCUGCACCCAGCCCGCCCUGAGGGACAGGGACAUCUGCGGGGCUGCCCCCAGCUCCCCCCAAAAGUAAAUCCUCGUGGCCGUGUCCUCCGCAAGAUGACGAACAACACGGCUGACCACCACCCUGGGAACUCGGUUGCUGAAGGCAACCAUGAGGGGGACUUUGGUUGCUCCAUGGUGGAGCUCAGGAACCUCAUGGAGCUGCGGAGCGCCGAGGCAGUCGCCCGGAUCAAUGACUCCUACGGCGGCGUGCAGACUGUCUGCAAGAGGCUGAAGACGUCACCAGUUGAAGGUCUGUCCGGGAACCCAACUGACCUGGAGAAGAGGAGGCAGGUGUUCGGCCAGAACUUCAUUCCUCCCAAGAAAGCCAAGACGUUCCUGCAGUUAGUGUGGGAGGCACUCCAGGACGUCACCCUGAUCAUCUUGGAAAUAGCAGCCAUAAUCUCCCUGGGGCUGUCAUUUUACCAUCCCCCAGGUGGCGACAAUGAAUUGUGCGGGCAGUCGUCGGGGGGCGUGGAGGACGAGGGCGAGGCGCAGGCCGGCUGGAUUGAGGGGGCAGCCAUCCUGUUUUCAGUCAUCAUCGUGGUGCUGGUGACUGCCUUCAACGACUGGAGCAAAGAGAAGCAGUUCCGCGGCCUCCAGAGCCGCAUCGAGCAGGAGCAGAAGUUCACAGUGAUCCGCAAAGGACAGGUGAUCCAGAUCCCUGUGGCAGAGAUUGUGGUGGGAGACAUCGCGCAGAUCAAGUAUGGUGACCUCUUGCCAGCGGAUGGCAUCCUGAUCCAAGGGAAUGACCUGAAAAUAGAUGAGAGCUCGCUGACCGGAGAGUCCGACCAAGUCAAAAAGUCACUUGAUAAAGACCCCAUGCUGCUGUCAGGUACCCAUGUGAUGGAGGGCUCUGGGCGGAUGGUGGUGACUGCAGUGGGAAUCAACUCCCAGACAGGAAUCAUCUUCACUCUGUUGGGUGCAGGAGAAGGAGAUGAGGAAAAGAAGGUGAAGAAAGGUAAAAAAACUGGAGCCCCCGAAAAUCGCAACAAAGCUAAAACUCAGGAUGGUGUGGCCUUAGAGAUCCAACCCCUGAAGAGCCAGGAAGGGGUGGAAAAUGAGGAGAAGGAGAAGAAGAAGGUGAAGGUGCCCAAGAAGGAGAAGUCUGUGCUUCAAGGGAAGCUGACGCGCCUGGCGGUCCAGAUUGGGAAGGCAGGGCUGAUCAUGUCGGCCAUCACGGUGAUCAUCUUGGUGCUGUACUUUGUCAUUGACACCUUUGGGGUGCAGGGUCGGCCCUGGCUGGCGGAGUGCACCCCCAUCUACAUCCAGUACUUUGUCAAGUUCUUCAUCAUUGGCGUCACCGUGCUGGUGGUGGCUGUGCCCGAAGGGCUCCCACUGGCAGUCACCAUCUCCCUCGCCUACUCAGUGAAGAAAAUGAUGAAGGACAACAACCUCGUGAGACACUUGGAUGCUUGUGAGACCAUGGGUAAUGCCACUGCCAUCUGCUCAGACAAGACCGGCACUCUCACCAUGAACCGAAUGACUGUGGUGCAGGCCUAUGUGGGGGACACCCACUACCGCCAGAUCCCUGACCCUGAAGCCAUCCUGCCCAAGGUCCUGGACCUCAUUGUCAAUGGUGUUGCCAUCAACUCUGCCUACACAUCCAAGAUCCUGCCACCAGAGAAGGAAGGGGGGCUACCCCGGCAAGUGGGGAACAAGACAGAGUGUGCCUUGCUGGGCUUUGUGCUGGACCUGAAGCAGGACUACCAGGCUGUGCGGAAUGAGGUGCCAGAGGAGAAGCUGUACAAGGUCUACACCUUCAACUCGGUGCGCAAAUCCAUGAGCACAGUGCUCAAGAACAGUGACAACAGCUUCCGAAUGUACAGCAAGGGAGCCUCUGAGAUCAUCCUCCGCAAGUGCACCAAGAUCCUGGACAAGAAUGGUGACCCCCGGGUGUUCAAAGUGAAGGACCGGGAUGAGAUGGUGAAGAAGGUGAUUGAGCCCAUGGCAUGCCACGGGCUGCGGACCAUUUGCCUGGCCUUCCGUGACUUCCCUGCUGACACUGAGCCUGACUGGGACAGUGAGAAUGAGAUCCUGUCUGACCUGACCUGCAUUGCCGUGGUGGGAAUAGAGGACCCUGUGCGGCCAGAGGUGCCAGAUGCCAUCCUGAAGUGCCAGCGUGCGGGCAUCACUGUCCGCAUGGUGACAGGGGAUAACAUCAACACUGCCCGUGCCAUCGCCACCAAGUGUGGCAUCUUGCUGCCUGGAGAAGACUUCCUGUGCCUGGAGGGGAAAGAGUUCAACCGGCUCAUCCGCAAUGAGAAAGGCGAGGUGGAACAGGAACAGCUGGACAAGAUCUGGCCCAAGCUGCGUGUGCUGGCCCGCUCGUCCCCAACAGAUAAGCACACGCUCGUCAAAGGAAUUAUCGACAGCACUGUUGGUGACCAGCGGCAGGUGGUGGCUGUCACCGGGGAUGGGACCAAUGAUGGCCCCGCUCUGAAGAAAGCUGAUGUUGGAUUUGCUAUGGGCAUUGCAGGCACUGAUGUUGCAAAGGAGGCUUCGGACAUCAUCCUGACAGAUGACAACUUCACCAGCAUCGUCAAGGCAGUGAUGUGGGGUCGCAAUGUCUAUGAUAGCAUCUCCAAGUUCCUGCAGUUCCAGCUGACUGUUAACGUGGUGGCCGUCAUUGUGGCUUUCACGGGCGCCUGCAUCACGCAGGAUUCUCCCCUGAAAGCCGUGCAGAUGCUGUGGGUGAACCUGAUCAUGGACACCUUUGCCUCCUUAGCCCUGGCCACUGAGCCCCCAUCAGAGUCCCUGCUGCUUCGCAAGCCAUACGGCCGCAACAAGCCGCUCAUCUCCCGUACCAUGAUGAAGAACAUUCUGGGGCAUGCGGUCUAUCAGCUGACUAUCAUUUUCACGCUGCUUUUUGUGGGGGAGAAGCUGUUUGACAUUGACAGUGGCCGGAACGCCCCGUUGCAUUCCCCACCCACCGAACACUACACCAUAGUCUUCAACACCUUUGUCAUGAUGCAAUUAUUCAACGAGAUCAAUGCGCGCAAGAUCCACGGGGAGAGGAAUGUCUUUGAGGCCAUCUACCGCAACCCCAUCUUCUGCACGGUGGUGCUGGGGACGUUUGCAGCCCAGAUCAUCAUUGUGGAGUUCGGUGGGAAGCCAUUCAGCUGCUCUGGGCUCACCCUGAGCCAGUGGUUCUGGUGUAUAUUUAUUGGAGUGGGAGAGCUCCUCUGGGGCCAGCUGAUCUGCACAGUCCCCACCAGCCACCUGAAGUUCCUGAAGGAAGCUGGGCAUGGCAUCACCAAGGAGGAGAUCCCAGAGGAAGAGCUGCCGGAGGAUGUGGAUGAGAUCGACCAUGCUGAAAUGGAGCUGCGGCGUGGGCAGAUCCUGUGGUUCAGGGGUCUCAACAGGAUACAGACACAGAUGGACGUAGUUUACACAUUCCAGACCGGCGCCUCCUCUUUGCAGGGAGCCCUCAGGAGACAGCCUUCCAUCGUGAGCCAGCACCACGAUGUAAAAAAUGUUUCUAGCCCAACCCAUGUAGCUCUUUCCUCCGUCAAUUCCACUCCCACCACUUCUGCUGUUGCUGCUGCUGCAUCUCCUCCUGCGGGCAGUGAGUGAUAGUCUAUUAAAAUGCAUGACUUCUAAUAACCACAGAGCACUGCACAACCUGACCCAGCCUGUUCUCUUUCCCUCUGACCCACUGUUUUCUAAAGUGAAGGAUGGGGUGGGAGAUGGUGUGGUUUUGUUUAUUUAUUUUUAAAAGAAAAAAAGGCUGUUGCAUUUUUAACAAGUUGGUGGUACUUUUUGGUCCUUCCCUCACCCCAGUCCUUGUUGCUUCCUUCUUUUUUCACCUCUUCUCCUUUGCAGGACUGACGUAUGGGUCUGCCUUCCUGAGAGGGGUGCAAAAUUGGUGGUUCUGCUUGAAAGAACUGUGCAUUUCUGAGCAACUCAGAGCACUGCUGUGAGAAGGGAGCACUGUUUGUGCCCAAAUGCUCCUGGUUCUUUGCAGCGCAGCUCUGCCCAACACCAGGAGCUGGUGGAGAGGAUGCUUUUCCAGAGCCCUACAUUUGGAGGCAAAGCAACCUCUCAGCCCUUCCCACAGCAGUCAGCGCGCUGUCGGGGCUGGCUGGGCUGCAGGGCUAUGCCACCUACAUGCUCUCUGCCUCUUGCACAUGUGUGAGUGACAAAGGGGUUUGCUCCCUGCUGCGCUCAGCGGUGCAGGAGCAGCCGGGUGCUCCGCAUCACUCAUCCACAGCCAGACCCAUGGGUUCAGUGCGCAGUCCUCCUGUCCCAGGGUUAACCUGCAUGCCUUGCAGGUCAGGGCAGAGGGCUCCAUGCCCAGCCUGUGGUACUUGCACCCCCAGGGCCCCACAGAGCCCAGCCUUGGGGCUGGAGAAAACCUUGGGUUGCACACAUGUGCAGCAACUCGGCAUAAGUGUGAACGCUGCCGUGGCAAGGAGCACACCUAAGUGUGUCCCCCUCUCUGCAGGGGAUGGCAUGGGGGCUCUGCUUGUCCCCUGGUGGCCCCGGAGCAUUGCCACCACAUGCAGGAGCUCAGCGGGGCCGGGCUGGCUGUUCCAUUCUGCGCCUGCAGCUUUCUGCAUGUAAACGGAGGUGGAAAACACGGCUGGAGAAAGCUGAAUCUUGCAUCUAGCAAUGGGUUUCUAGAGCAAAACAAAUCCCACUCUGGUAUGGUGCCCUCUGUUUGUUACAAGCAGCAUAACAGCCUGCAAGCACGUGAGUGAGGAUUCUGUCUGCAGGGCUGUGAGUAGGUAGUGCAUCUUUCUCAGAUAAUUGACUUUUUUAUUGCAGUCAUUUUCCUUCUUCUCUUCUUAUUAAAGAAAUACCCUAGGUGACUUUU